AUGACAUCUUGCGAUAACUAUGAUAUGGACAGCCUCAACAUCCCCAAUACCAUUCCCGUAGAUGAGUCUUACGGCCGCGUCCAGUUUUAUCUGGACGAGGAAGAUGAUUCAAGCUCGGUUUAUUCGAUGACCUCGUCAGCGUACAGCUUUCGAGUGGAAUACGGCCGUCGAUUCCGUGACUAUAAAGCUGGUCACCCUUUCCCUUACGAUGAGGUUUCAGAAGAAAAUGAGGUCAUCAUGCAUCAUAUGAUGCUGCUACUUCUCGACAACAGGUACUUUUUGUCUCCUGUGCCUGAAUCAUCUCUUCGUUGUGUUGCCGAUAUAGGUUCCGGGCUGGGUCUCUGGACCGAAGGAGUGGCCGAGCGCUACCCCGAUGCGGAAGUGGUUGGGAUCGACCUGGCUCCUCACGAACGACCAACCCAUCCAAAUUGUUCCUAUAUGUUGUCGGACGCAACAGAAGAAUGGGUUUUGGAUGAUCCUUCUAAGAAGUUCGAUUUGGUCUAUAUUCGAACGCUGUUUGGAGUAAAGGACUGGCCUGCACUGUAUACACAAUGCUUCGACAAUAUGAGCUCCGGUGGAUGGAUAGAACAGAUCGAAAUGGACAUAAAUGCACAAAUUGAUGGUAGCUCCACUUCCUCAAAUAGUAAAGUCAAGGAGCUCUGUACAUUCACUGCGCAAAUGGGUAUAGCCUCCGGACGUGAUCUUCAUAUAUCAAAGAGUAUGAAGACGUUGAUCGAGGAUGCCGGUUUCGUCAACGUACAAGAACGAACAAUCAACUUACCACUGGGAUCGUGGGCCGUCGACCCAAAAUUAAAAGACAUUGGCAGAUUCUUUGAGCGAUAUUACAAGACUGGCCUCCAAGGAUGGUUGCUACAAAUCUGUACCCGAACUUUAGGUUGGUCUGUGGACCAGGUCAACAAGGCAUGCAUUGAUGCCUUUCAAGAGAUCAAUGGUCGUCAACAUCGUCUCUACUAUCCCAUGUAA